CAUUACUGAAACAUCGGAGGUAGUAGUGUUACAUUUGAAUUUUAUUCAAAAAUAUGCCAAAUAUAUGUGAGUAAGCAAAGAAAAUGAUAUCAAUAACACUUCAGAUCUAAUAAUAUCAAUCAUCAUGGCUUUGCGGCCGAUGCCAGAGCUGAGCUCCAUGGAGCCCGAAAACUACAGGAAACACUUCCGGGCUUUAUGUUGGAGUGGCACCAGGAAAUAUGAAAAAAAGCCUCAGAAAAAAAUUGGGAAGAAGGAGAAGCUCCGGAGGAUAAAGGCAGCGAAUACACUCGCCGUUUGUUAUGCUCCGGCGCUGUUGGGAAAUCCGUCUCAAUUUGCUGUUUAUGCAAAUAUUAGAAAAUCCAUCCUUUCACGUUGGAAAUAUCUCAAUGGUCCCCUUACAGAUAUGUCCGAUGACAGUGAUAAUGAUGAGGGAACAUCACACAUACCAAUCCCAAAGUUACCCAAGGUUACCGGAAUAGGCCUGCGUGCGGUAUUUUCAUUAAUAUCCCAUUCAAGAUUUAGUGAUGCACAGUUUUGCGAGCAGGCAUUGAAGGCAUUGCUUGAUGUACUUCAGGGACAUGCACCAGAAGAACUGUGCCAGGAACCAACUGAAAUGAUCGUAAACUUUCACUCAAUGUUGGUGGAGGUAGCCAGCGGCGUGUCCACCGGCGGUAGGCCGGAGUUACCAACCGCACUUACGGCUAUUAGCAGCUCAUGCCUGAUAGGGCUAUCAGUUGCGCGUGGAGAAGCAGAACUCAUCCUAAAUGCAGUCGCUUCCCUAAUCAUGUCCUCAGCAUCAUUGUCGGAGCAAAAUAUACAAAUACCGGCAAACCUUACAAAACUUCAGCGUAGUGUACAAUCAGUAAUACUUGGGUCACCAUCUCGGAAUCAGUGGCUAGGCUACGGCGUGCCCCAUCAGUCUUUGGUCACUAGCUUUCCGGUAGACCUUCCUCAGUCACUGACAGCUGGGCCCGGAGAGCUGGUGGUCCGCUCGUUGGUGUCAGACGGCUGCUAUUUAUACGUGUUUACAUCGAAAGGCUUGUUAAAAAUUGGCUCUGGAUAUGGCAGCUCAAUAAAACAACAUGUUUAUUUGUAUAAGCCAGAUUUCUUUGCCAGUGAUCGACAUGGCUGGCUUGGGUUUUGUAAGAAUAAGCUGUAUCUAAGGAUUGGGAGGAAAAAGACUGAGGUAUAUGAAAUAGAUAAAGAAACAUUUGAAGUGCGCAACAUUGUGCGUCUCGAUCCCGGACAGCCAUCACCCGUUGAGCCGAAGUCAGCCGUGUUCACGGAUGGCAAUCAGCUCGGCCUUAUAACACUUAACAGCUACGACAACUUAACCAUACGUAUGUAUAAUGUGGAUGCCAUCCCGGAUCGUACCGAAGGCUCAGCGACGGUGACACUCACGUCGCGCAAGGAGCUUAACGUCCACCUCUUGAGGAGGCGGACUCUGGUGCUGGGCCGAGCGCCUUUUGAAGACAACAUUUCCAGACGAAUGAUGGAGCUUGAUGUGCCUGUUGCCAUGCAGCUUGACGAUAGUGAUGAUGAUCCCCUCUUGAGCAUCUACGCCGGGCUGGAUUUUGCACUUCUCACAACACACUCGGGGAAGAUUUAUUAUAUGGGUAAGGGCAGCAGUCUCGGAUAUAAAACAGCAGUGCCACAUACUGGUCGUUGGACGUUGAUAAAAGAGACGAUGUUUACGAAAAACGACGCACCCAACACCAAGAAAUCUAAAAUCAUGCAGGUGGCAGUCGGCCACGAGGGCGUACAUGCUGUCCUAGUACUCGAUAACGGUACUGCGUUGUUCACUGGAGUCGCACGCCGCGGCGAAGACGGUGAUUCCACUAAGCACAGAAGAAAUCCUAAACCAACCAGGCCCAAGAAAAUAUUCAAGGCCGAAGGGCAUCAUGUAAUUUACGCGGCUUGCAACUACGGGUCGACUGCUCUUGUGACUCGUCAGGGACUCUUGCUGAUGUUCGGCAAAGACACGCAACAUUGCGACCCCUCUGGGAUGGUGCUCGGCUUGCGACACGAGAGAGUUAUUCAGGUUGCGUUAGGUAAAGCUCACGCGGCAGUGCUCACGAGCUUUGGUCACGUGUACACUUUCGGAAUCAACAACAAGGGCCAGUGCGGUCGCGAGUUUGGAUACACAAAAGAAAAGGGUUUCGUGUCGCGCCGAAGCGAUAAAGAGGACGUGCGUUUGUGUCAGUUGUCGCACACGUGGACUACGGACUAUUGCCGCGUGUGUGUCCUGUGUCGCGAGUGCACUGGCUUCUCGAGCGCCUGCCACUGCAGUAACCUGCCGAAUCGAGUGCCCGGCGAGAAAUGCGGAUGUGGGGAAGGUGACAGCGGUUGUGCCCUGUGUGGCGUUUGCCGUCGGUGCGCGGACGUGUUCGUGGCGGCUGCGCGGCCCGAGCGCGUCACCGACCUGGACGAUGAGGCAGACUCCUCCGCCAAAUGUGAACCAAAAAGUGAUAAAGAGGAGAGCACAAAGUUUCCCCAGUUCGAACUUCCAUCAAUUGGACUGGAGAUGGAUCGAGAUCCUAAUCUCAAGAUGUCUUGCCUGGCGCCUUCCCGUGUGGCCGUGCCCGGCGGACAUCGUGUGGCGGCUCUCGCGUGUGGACUGCACCAUACUGUGCUGCUAACUGAACAUGGUGAAGUGUUAACGUUCGGAUCCAACCAAUAUGGACAGCUUGGUGCGGGUGACAUAUCUGUCCACCACAGACUAGUACGCGUGAGGGUACCGCGGGCGGCCGGCGUCGCCGCCGGCAGUAAUCACACCGCAAUACUCACUAGAGACGGGGAACUGUAUACCUUCGGCAAUUUCCAGAAAGGCUCUCUCGGUCGGCCACGACAAGAAGAGGGCAUGCGGUCUGACAGAGGUCCAAUAUGGUAUGCAACGCCGGGCAGAGUUCCCCGGUUGGGACCCAAAUAUGCCAACAAAGCAGUGUGGAUAUCAGCGUCGGGAGACCAGACCUUUGUACAGGUCUCGCAAUCGCUUAUUAAGACGGACACGUUGUUCAGUUCGACUAUCACAGCUAACAAUAACUGUAUUAUCAUUCUACCGAACCGCCCUGAGCACACGUUCAAAUGUCUUACAAUAAACAAGAACGAUGGGACGUGUAAUGCAUGGACCGGGCCCGAGCAAGUCGACUUCGUCAAUACCCUCGCCUGCCUCGACCCGUUGUACGACGUACUAUGGUGCUACCAGCCCCAGAUGAGAGUCAUAAAAUGCUUCAACAUCCUGGCAUUCGAUUCUCACAAGCUCCAGCGUUGUUGCAACACUGAUCCUGACGGAUUUGGCGAUAAUGACUUCGAAUACCCCAGCUGCGGCAAUAUGAAACGCCUUGAGGACUUCAAAAAUAUGGAGAACUUUGAAAUUAUCAGCAAUAAAGAGGAGAGUUCUGUGGAUAAUAUAGCGUUGACAAAUAAUUCAAUAUUAAACCAGGAGUUAGCGAUACCAUCCACUCCUGGAUGUUCAGUGACACGAAUGCAUGCGGCAUUACAUUUGCUCGGCUGUUUGGACUCUUUGGCAUACGCUCAUGAUGCCAAAAUUACUCACGUUGAGUGUAAAAAGGAAUCGCCGGCACCUCCUAUGGUCCCUUUGAAGGAGGACUUCCUCACAGUAAAUAGAUUUGAAAGUCACGGAGGCGGAUGGGGUUACUCAGGACACUCCGUUGAGGCGAUCCGCUUUAUGUGCGAUACAGACAUCUUGUUAGGCGGGUUUGGUCUGUUUGGUGGUCGUGGGGACUACUCCGCUAGGAUAAAGUUGUUCGACAUCGGCCCUGACGGCGGGGAUUUGGAAGGCGACGGUGAACUUAUAGCUGAGAGUGACGAGGUAGUGUACGAGUGCGCGCCCAGGGAUCGAUUUCCGGUGUUAUUCUCAUCCCCGAUAACACUCGUGGCACAUAAAUGGUACGUCGCUUGGGCAAGCAUUAAUGGACCAUCCUCUGAUUGUGGCUCAUCGGGCCAGGCGAUGGUAAUCAACGAUGAGGUCGGCUUUCAUUUCAAAACAUCCAAGAAAUCCAAUAAUGGAACGGAUGUUAACGCAGGACAAAUACCUUCUCUCUUAUACAAUCUGAUGGGACCUGACCACAAUGUCAUAUUCAAGACAGUAGACCCUGGAGAAACAACUAUUGUUCUUACUAAAAAUAUAUCGAGGAAAGUGACAGUACCCUGCUUUAAGUCACUGAUUACAUUACUGCAGUGGAGUUGGGAGAAAUUCAAGGAAAUUUUAUUGGAGACCAACGGUUUGGUACCAAUCAAUUACCAGAAACUAACCUUGAUGAAACAUCAGAAGAGGCUGGUUUAUGUGAUAAGGGCUUGUUUGAGGCUCAUUAAGUCGUACAUAAACGAGAUAUACCCUCAGAAUAACAGGAAGAGGAAUUCUCACGAGUAUAUGUCGUACUUUGAGGCGAUUGGGGAAGUGAGGAAUUUGAUACAGGGCAUUAUGUCGGACGUGACACCGUCUUGUUCCAUGCUGCCGAAGAAGCCCGGCAAGACGAAGGCGCACAGGGUGUGCUACGUACAGUUUGCGCUUGAGAUGACUUUUGCCAUAUUGCAGGAGGCACAUGACACUAUCACGGCGUGUUUUCAUGCGUUUUUCCCGACGCCGACCCUUAAAUGGAACCAUCUUUGUUCAAUGCUGUUCCAUGUGAAGGAUGGUAUGGUGCCGCGGUCACAAAUCCGCGAAUUGACGUCCACGUGCGCGGCUAUGUGCUCGUCGCGCAGCCUGCGGGACGUUCUGCAAUACAUUGUGCCAGUCACACAAAACGCGAUCAAUGUAAACGAGAACAAACGACAAGACAGCAAGAUAAUCAUAAUUAAGGAAGUACCAUCCAAGUCGGCGACAGUGCCCCGGGCAUCGCACUCACAAAAACCACCUCCGGUACCGCCUCGCUCAAAUAACAAGGAAACCCAGAAGGCGUCAGAUUCAGAUUUGAAAACUCACCACGAUGAUUGGAAUCUCUUAGACGUGGUGCCGAAACUGUUGGACAUAGUGAUGGUCCCGAUAAAGAAACAAAUGAUGACGCGCCAGUGCGGCCAGCCGCACGACCACGGGGAGAUCCGACAGCACGAGCAGCUCGCCGAGUUCUGCUGCAAGCUCAGUGCGAGGAUCGUCGGCGAGAUGGCACGCAGCGCCACCAGUGUUAAGCAAGAAGAUCCGGAGGGUGGCGCAGUGAAACAUUUGGUGACCCCGUCUCGAUUCAUGCGCAUGAACCAGUCGCGUGUGUGGAAUACGGGCAGCGGCAGUCCGGACGCAAUCUGCUUCACGGUGGAUCGGCCCGGCAUCAUGCUGGUCGGCGUCUGUGUGUACGGCGGGGUCGGCAACUACGAGUACUCAAUCGAGCUGCUACAUGAUGUGCGACAGCAACUGCGGGCCACGGUAGACGAGCCAAACCCGGCGCACUGCUGGGUCAGCAUCGAGGUGGCGCACGGCACCUUCAGCUCCGCGGACUGUACGCAUGACGUUGCGCAACUUAAAUUCGAUCGCCCACUACCUCUGAAGGAGGACCUACGCUAUGCUAUUAGGUUUUGCAACCAUGGCAGUCGCACUUCGAAUGGUGACUGCGGACUGCCCUCGGUGAAGGGUCCUGAUGGAACUACAUUUCGGUUUGCGUCAUGCUCUCUCAGCUUCAACGGCACCACAUUGGCGAGAGGGCAGAUACCAUGUCUCAUCUACUAUGGUACAACAAAAUUAACUACGCAUGUGUCGGAGAACACGGACACAUUGAUAACGUCGCUCCGAGCGAUCACUAUGCGCGUCGCAUCCAUCGUGAUAGAGCGCAGUGCGGAGCUGUUCUGUACGCUGCGCAACGAACUCACCGCCGAGGAUUUGAGGAGGAAUGCCUCGGUGCUGCAGCAGUCGCCCGCCAUCAACACGCUCAUACCCUACACACUCGCCAAUCUGGAGGGGCUGGAUGAUUCCAAGAGUGUGGUGAAGCUGCUAGAGCUGAUCCACAAGCUGCUGCCCCACGUAGCGGCGAUGAACCUGUUGGUGCCUAUCACGGAUGAGAUGAACGUCACCAGCGCCAGGUACUACACGUGGGUGGAGAGCGAUCACCCCUAUAAGCAGGCAGCUGUCACCAACAUGAGGGUACUUUUCCCUUCCACCGUGUCGUGGGUAGUUUUGGAAAUGGAUCCUCGAAGCAUCACGGCCCAGCCGGAGGAUACACUUACGGUAUACGCCGUAGCAGGUUCGCCUAAACAUCAAUGUCAUUGUUCAAACGACGUGCGACUACCCGACCCACCGUUCCGUAAGGUAACAGACCGUUACAUUCAACUGACGAGCGACGUGGAGGUGGAGGACUUUGGUGAAGAGCCCGACCCGGAGGCGCUGUGCAUGCAGUACAACUGCGUGUACGUCAGUGUCACGCCUAAACUAGCUAAUGUGCCGUCGGAGUGGCCACAGAAAGCACUGUUGGUUCCUGGAAAUGAAGUUAUAUUCUCGUUGGAGACUGCCAGCGAUUAUCUAAACGAAUACAGUAAGAAUAAUGGCGAUGAUAACCGCUAUGGAUUCCGCUGCCUGUGUGUGGGCUACGAAGACGAGCCGCUCACAACGCAGCGGCAGGGACUCGCGGUGCUCGAAAUGGAGUUGGUGUAUGCGGGCGCCGCUUGUGCAUCCCGGCUCCUAUCGCCGGACCUUGACAUACCACCACUCACCUACUCGACAAUAGUGGAGGCGCAAAUAAACGCGAUCAUCGGCAGCAGCCCGACGAACACCGACAGCGACUCGAAGGAUGCGCGCGAGGCGUUGCUCUUGUCGCGAGGACUCGAGCUCUCCUCGCCGCCUACCAUACACCAGAUCCUAGAGGGACAGCAAUUGCUGCGGUGAGUACUCGCGUACUUUAGGACUCUACAAUGCAUAUGCGGGAUGCCCUGUUUUUGCAGUUUGCGGAUGAUUCUCUUGACUUUUGGUGUUUACAAUAAACGCACUACUCAGCUGCGUUACUCGUCAAGUCACUGAGUGCUUCGUGGAGAGAAUCUGAAUGGAUCAGAUUAUUGUCUUUUCGUCGAUCGCUGGCAGCAAAUUUAUUUAACGGCAGUGAGAUCCAAUUUUCAGUUCUCUUAUGAAAAACGUCUAUUAUUAAUUGCACGAUUAAACGCAAUGAUAUAUUAAUUAUUUUGUAUCAAAAAUUAAGAUCGAGCUAGUCUGUGUAGUCAGAAACUCAUAAUUUUUAUUUUCUUUUAUAAUCCAAUAAGGCACAGCAGACUCAGAAGAUAAAUUACGUUACAUGCUUUAUUUUAUAUAUUUAAUUAUUUUACAUUUACGUAAGUUAAAUGGUGUUACAGAAUGAGGGUAUCAAUAACAAGGGUAA